AUGCAUCUGCGAGUCUUUGCCUUUGUGAUGUCUUUGCUCUGUGAGGUGGUCAGGAUGGGCUCUGGUGUCGUGCAGAAGCAAAGUGCUCACAGAGAGACGUCAGACGACUGCCGCAGCUGUCUGGAGUGUUCCCGAGAGAACGGCUGCGUGCGAUGUCCCGAGCGUCUCUUCUUGUUCCUGCAGAGAGAGGGGAUGUCUCAUCACGGCGCCUGUCUCCACGCCUGCCCCACCGGACACUACGGACAGCGAGGGAAGGACAUCAACCGCUGCAUGAAGUGCCGCUCUGCAGACUGUGAACACUGCUUCAGUCGGGACUUCUGCACUAAAUGUAAACCUGGUUUCCAGCUGUACAAAGGGAAGUGUCUGAGCCGCUGCCCACCGGGGACGUUCGCCUACCACACGGACUGCUUCGAUAACUGCCUCCUGGCUCCGUUGGGAGAGUGGAGCGACUGGAGCACCUGUCUCCGAGAAGGCGUCACCUGCGGCUUCAGGUGGGGGAAGCAGACCAGGACUCGGGGGGCGGGCGGGUCGUCCGUCAGAGUGACAUCUGAAGAGAAACCGCCAUCACUCUGUCCGCCCAACAGCGAGACGCAGCGGUGCAGGAUCAAGAAAAAAUGUCCGACAGGUGAGAAAGAAAGAGUGAUGUUCACCGCUAUCCCCCCCGAUGGGAUGUUUAAAGGUUCCCCGCAUACCUGCAACAAUCGCUGUGGAUAUCGUCACGCUGACAGCAUGACAGAGCCGCCAUGA